GAAGGCGAAAUUUAUAAGGAUUUAAUUUGUGCGGUGAGAUCUGCGUAUCUGAACCAGGUGUUUCGAAUAUUUACGCUAGGUUACGUAAUCGUACUAGGCCGAAUUUACUUUUUUUUGAAGCGCAUUGAUAUAUGCAUCUUUAAUUAGGUCGUACUCGUACCGUUUCACGUGUGAUAGCCCUUUGGGUGUGGUUUGAUUAGGAGAAGGCAUUUGAAGAUCUACGUGCACGGACGUGUUUGUAGGCAGAGCACGAGAAGUUUUAAACGUGUGUUGGAGAUUUCUUCGCUGGGAGAAUUGGGACUUCAGCUGGUCCAAUAGGCAGUGGGUCUACCUGUAGCAGUGGGUGGCAGUGGCUGGUAGUGAGCUACUGUGGGCCUUGCAGUGGCUGUGGAGUUUGCAGUCCAGGGGUUGCAGUCUGUGGGUUGCAGUCUGUUGUACUGGUAGUGGCAGCCUGUAGUUUGAAGCAGUUGAUUGACCUUUUUCUGACCUUGGGGUUUUUUUAUGUUUCCUAUGACGCCGAUUAAAUGAAACUGCCCUAGAUCUGGUGUCCCGGUUUCUUUAUUGAACUGUCCGGUCCCUUAGCAAGGUCCAACCCCCACCCACGACAGAUUUGGCGACGAGGAUGGGAUCACUGGUUCUGCGCAGUCUUCGCCGAUGACCGUCAGGAGUCGAGGAACAAAACCCCAUGGUCAACCAGUCAACCGAGAAGCCGUAAUAGAGGUCAAGUCAGCAAGUCUUCGCAGUGAAGUCAACCAAGUCUUCACAGUGAAGUCAACCAAGUCUUGCCAGUCAAGAACGAACUUUAAAUUGAGUGGUAAAGGUUAAAAAUUAAUUGUUGUCACUGAUGUAUACUAUGUACUUGUAGUUAUAUUAAGUACAGUAUAUUAACCUUUUCUCCCGAAUAAGACCAAUCUAGCCCUUGUAACGAUGCCCGGCGAAGAAGCGUCGAUGUCCGAGAUGCUGCAGGCCUUGACCGGUGUUCUGACAGGCCUUUCCGUGCAGCAGGCUCCGCCAGCUCCACCAGUAAAGCUACAGAAAUUCAGAGGACUGCCUAAGGGGCCAGGAGAGCCCUCCCUAACCGAAUGGCUCGAGGAGUUUGACACUUACUGCCGUAGGUACAAGCUAGAAGGCACGAACAAGGCCCAGGCUUUGGUUGAACAUUUGACUGGAUCGGCCAAAGAAGAGGUGCUAUGUAGGAAUUCCAGUGUGCGAGGCAACUAUGAUUCUUUGGUCACUGUCCUGAAGUCGCUCUUCAGUCCGGCGGAGUCCGUGCAAUCGCUGAGUGCCGCUCUUCACUCAAGGGUACAGCAAGAAGGGGAGUCACUCGCCGAAUACAGUAGAGUCUUAAUGCGAUUACACUCAAGAAUGGAGCAAGCGGCCAGUUCUGAGGAGAAGAAGGCACUGGAACUCCUUAAGGAUGGUUCGCUCAAAGAGAACUUCUUGAACGGCAUUAGGGAGCCUUGGAUGAAGAGAGAGGUACGACGAAUUAAACUCGCCUCAAGAGGAAGUACAUUUCUAGAAAUGAGAGAGGAGGUUCUAGAGUUUUUCGAAGGACAAGAAACGUUUGCCAGUAAGGCUGUGCUGGUGAAAGAGGCAGUGGCAGAAAAGAGGGAGAUUCCUAGCCCUUCAGAGAUGGAAUUAUUGAAAAGUGAUAUUUCAAAGUUGGCUCACCAGGUCUCGAGCCUAGUUGAAGUUGUGAGUCACAUGACUAAGGACAACAACCAGAGGACUGAUCGUAGCAGUAAAGCAAAAAGGGACACGACCUGCUAUAAUUGUGGGAAGAAGGGUCACACUAGAUCAGAGUGCCAAGAACCUACCUUGUGUUACGGCUGCAAGGGGACUGGACACAUGAAGAAGGACUGCCCAGAGGGCCGACGAGCUGUCAUGUCAGAGCGUAACAACAGCCAGCAUCCAGGGGUUAACAUGGGUACAAUCCAAGAGUCAAGCAUGGGUGCUACUUCGUGCAGUGAUGAGGGUCUAUACGCCAGGUUGAUUUCUUCAUGCCCAAGGACGAAGAUUCUGAUAUGUGGAGAAGAGCUUGACUGCGUUUUGGAUAGUGGUGCUGAGACGUCGGUAAUUCCUUCUUCGGUUUAUCAUAGCCACCUCAAAGACAAGUUGGGAAGCCCGAGACAAUUGCCAUUCUCCCUGAAUGUGGUAGGCGUCGGAGGAGUCGCAGUUACGGAAGGCUAUAUUGAAGUGCCAGUUGAGGUGGAGGGACGGAUGCUACUUGGUAGCUUCCUGAUCACUCAAGACAGAGAGAACAGUAAUCGUACCUCGAUACUUGUAGGAUGUAAUAUCCUAGACCAGAUUAGGGACAAGGAGCGCCUAGUUGAAAGGCACCCCCUCUUGAGUGUGGUACAAGCAGAUAGCAUACUUGUUUCUCUGUGCAACGUUGUCACCGAGCAUGAGCCAUGUAAGGAUGAUGGAGAUGGAGUUAGCCCACGCAGUGGUGAUCCCUGCCUUCCCCUAGGUGUGCAAUUAGAUGGACUAUCAGCUGAUGAGAAGCAGAAAGUCUCUGAACUCUUGACAAAGCACACUGAUGUAUUUUCAACAGGACCCUUUGACUUGGGGGAGUGUAGUAUUGUCCCACAUGAGAUAAAUCUGAGUGAUGGCCCGCCAAUUAGACUGCCUUAUCGGAGACUCCAUCCAGACCAGGCUUGUCGGAAAGUAUCUGAUAGGCAGAGAGAGGAUGCCAUGAAGGAGGAAAAGAGACAACAGAAGAAAGAGAGAGGAUCUGUUGCUGCCAUGGGAAUAGGCGACAGGGUGCUACUCCAUCGUGAUGCAUUCACAGGCAGACAUAAACUUGUAGACAAGUUCUAUGAAAGACCUACAUCGUUGUUGCAAAGAACAAAGAAGAGGAUGUCUACCAGAUCCGCCCGGUUACUGGAGGAGAAGCUACAUGUAAGUGGGUAAAUCGACGUCGCCUAGUUGAAGAUCCUCGUCAGGAAGAUAGAGGGAUAGACCAGAUUUUCCCUUACCCUCAGGAUAAUGUUGAAGCAGAGAGUGAACUUAGUCGUCACGUUGAUGAUAACGUUGAUGAUGUCGACAUCGAGAACCGAAAUGACGACGGCAAUGAUGACAGUGAUGAUGAGGGCGAUAUCCCAGGUUGGCUCUAUCUAUCGAGUAGACAGGGUCUGAGGAAUCCGGAACCCGAAGUAAGAGCCCCGGUCCGACGUUCGGCGCGAAGUAAUAAGGGUGUAAAUCGAAAUCCUUUUCGAUUACCCACGUCCUCCAUCACAGGCCUUCCCACUUGUUAAUGUAAAUGUACAGAUUAUUUAUGACACAAGCGGGGAAGGAGAUACUUUGCACUUGAUUUAAUACAUGAUUAAUGUUUUGGGGUUCAUUUUUCUAAAAGAAAAGGAGGUUAAUAGCAACAGUGGGAAAAGUAUUGAAUUUUCGAAUUUGGCAUUACUUUGUUUCCUGUUCUAGAGAAAAAGUGGUUUGUCAGUAUAUUCAAAUAUCUUUUCAUUACAAAGAUGAUGGUGCAACUACUCAUGGUUCCUUUUCCAGUAGUAUACGAUUGAUAUUUUGGAAAUGUGACAUUUGUUUUUUUUGUCAUAUAUUGAUAGAGACCGGUUUGUGACAUAUAUAUGUAUAUAUAGGAUAGGAGUAUAAGAUUGAAUUAUUUUGAGAUAUGAAAUAUGAAAUUCUUUGUGGGUCAUAUUAUAUAUUGACAGAGAAUGGAUAUAGUGUUCAGUUUCUGAAAUAUAUUAUAAAAGGUGUGAAAUCAAAUUUCAUAGAUAUUCUGCUAUAAUUGUUUUGAAAUUGAUAAAAUCAAUGGAUUUGUGUAUCGAUUCAAGUAUAUUUUUGGGGUUAAUCAUUAUAGAUGUAGUUUGUCGGGGACGACAACGUAACAAGCGGGGAAGAUGUCGGGAAAUGGAAUUUUGUGAAGGCGAAAUUUAUAAGGAUUUAAUUUGUGCGGUGAGAUCUGCGUAUCUGAACCAGGUGUUUCGAAUAUUUACGCUAGGUUACGUAAUCGUACUAGGCCGAAUUUACUUUUUUUUGAAGCGCAUUGAUAUAUGCAUCUUUAAUUAGGUCGUACUCGUACCGUUUCACGUGUGAUAGCCCUUUGGGUGUGGUUUGAUUAGGAGAAGGCAUUUGAAGAUCUACGUGCACGGACGUGUUUGUAGGCAGAGCACGAGAAGUUUUAAACGUGUGUUGGAGAUUUCUUCGGUAUGUAAACUUUUAUAUAGCAUUUUAAGUCUAUAAGAAGUCACUUUAAUGCUGAGAAUAAUUCUAAGAGUAUUUGUAACUAUUUUAACUGGAUUUAAGAGAUUAUUUUGAGUACUUUCCAUGUCUUGACUUUGAUGCGUCUGAAGGAUAAGAAUUUCGAUUUCUGUAACAAAUUGUGGGAAAUGAUGCAAAUGCUCUGUGGUUAUCUCCAAAUAGAGAUUUAUCGGGUUUUCAGUAUUUGAUGUUAAUGAUUUAAUAUGUUAAAAGAUAACAGGCUCAGAUACUUGCUUGUUAUAGGAGUGAUUUAAUUGUUUUUGGUUCAGCAUUUACGAACGUAGAGGGCGCCAUUUUAUCCGACUUCUCAAGAUGGCCGCGCCCAUGAAUCGAAGAUAUAAAAUGUAUGUAUAAGAUCAUGAAGUGAUUACACUGUAACAUUACACUGAAAGCAAAUUAUAAGAUGAUUAUUCCGGAAAUAAUAUGAUAAUUCAUAUACUUCUGAGAGUAUUUCGAGUGUAGAAUUGUUGGUGAUUAAUAAAUUAACUUCUUAUUUAUAGCUGGGAGAAUUGGGACUUCAGCUGGUCCAAUAGGCAGUGGGUCUACCUGUAGCAGUGGGUGGCAGUGGCUGGUAGUGAGCUACUGUGGGGCUUGCAGUGGCUGUGGAGUUUGCAGUCCAGGGGUUGCAGUCUGUGGGUUGCAGUCUGUUGUACUGGUAGUGGCAGCCUGUAGUUUGAAGCAGUUGAUUGACCUUUUUCUGACCUUGGGUAGGCAUCUUAGAGUUUUGUUUCUUAUAUCAUCAGAUGUGUAUCAUGUAUUAAUGUCUGAUAUUAGGAUGAUUGCAUCAAUGAUUUUAUAAUGUCUUAUAAUAUUGUCAAACGGUGUUACAGAGGAUUUGUUUUGACAGUUUAGUUAAUCUUAUACGAAAUAGAUUGAACAGAUGCAAGAGUUGAGUGAAUAAGCUGGUAUUGGUAUUAUACUAGAUAUUGCUCGAGGUGCUUUGUACUAAAACAAAGAGGGAUUUUAUAGGCUUAUGCUGAAUUUAUAGUAGGCAAGAAAAUAAGUUGUUGUAAAAACAUAAUUAUUUUGAAUUCUUACAAGGGAAAUAGUUUCGACUGAAUUUAACUUGGUAAAAUUCAAGAUUGUUUGCAGCGAGGCGUUAAACUUUAAUGACAAGAAGUCUGUUUCAUUUUUGUAAGCAUUACAGAACUAUCAAGUGAUGAGAUGGGAACUGUUUACAUGUGAACUUUGUCAUUGAUUAUUUGAAUCUGUAAUAUAAUACAUGUAAUUUAUUGCGGUUUUUGUUUAUGUAUCUUUACAGGGUUUUUUUAUGUUUCCUAUGACGCCGAUUAAAUGAAACUGCCCUAGAUCUGGUGUCCCGGUUUCUUUAUUGAACUGUCCGGUCCCUUAGCAAGGUCCAACCCCC